CUCCUGCCGGUUUUUAUCCUGAGAUCGAGCGCUCUCCGCCAACCAAACGCCAAAUGGGGCCAACCGCCACACUGCCCCUCGCCUCUUUCCUCCUCCUCCGCCCCUCCGCCGCUGCUCCACGUCUCAAAAAUCCGGCGGCGACAGCAGCAGCCCAUGUCGUGCGGUGGUCGGGGGGCGGGAGGAGCAGGAGGAGGCUCCAGGCGGCCGUGGUGGAGGAGACCGGCGCGCAGGAGGACGGGGUGCUGCUCCCCAGGGAGGGGGAUGAGGCGGCAGCCGCGGCGGCGGGGCCGUACGACUGGAGGGAGGAGUGGUACCCGCUGUACCUGGCGAGUGAGGUGCCCGACGACGCGGCGCUCCCGCUCACCGUGUUCGACCGCCAGCUCGUGCUCUAUCGCGACGCAGGCGGCGUGCUCCGCUGCCACGAGGACCGCUGCCCCCACAGGUUAGCCAAGCUGUCGGAAGGCCAGCUCGUUGACGGCAAGAUCGAGUGCCUCUACCAUGGCUGGCAGUUCGACGGCCAAGGCAAGUGCGUCAAGAUACCACAGCUUCCUGAGGGCGCGAAGAUCCCGCGGAGCGCGUGCGCGCGCAACUACGAGGUGCGCGAUUCGCAGGGCGUGGUGUGGGUGUGGCUGUCGGACGCGAACCCGCCCGACGAGCGGAAGCUGCCGUGGUUCGAGCCCUACGCGCGGCCGGGGUUCACGGACCUGUCCUCGGUGCACGAGCUCCCCUAUGACCACUCCAUCCUGCUCGAGAACCUCAUGGACCCGGCGCACGUGCCCAUCUCCCACGACCGCACCGACUGGACGGCCAAGCGCGAGGACGCGCAGCCGCUCUUCUUCGAGGUCACCGAGCGCACGCCACGGGGGUUCGCGGGGUACUGGGGCCGCACGCGUACGCCGCACCUCCGCAACCUGCUCCGCUUCGAGGCGCCAUGCGUUCUCACCAACACGCUCGAGUACGUCGACAAGGACGGCAAGGAGCAAUGCUUCUCCGCGCACUUCCUGUGCCGCCCCGCCGGGCAGGGCAAGUCCAUGCUCAUCGUGCGCUUCGGCUCCACCGUUAGGUCGCCGCUCGCCAAGGUCCUCCCGACCUGGUACUUCCACCAGAACGCGUGCAAGGUGUUCGAGCAGGACAUGGGCUUCCUCUCGUCGCAGAACGAGGUGCUGCUCCGGGAGAAGGUGCCCACCAGGGAGCUCUACCUCAACCUCCGCUCGUCGGACACCUGGGUUGCAGAGUACAGGAAGUGGAUGGACAGGGCAGGGCACGGCAUGCCCUACUACUUCGGCCACAGCAGCCUGGCGCCGCCGCCCGUGCCGGCCGUCGUGGAGCAGGCGCCGGCGGGGGCCGUCGCAGGGAUCUCGGCCUCGUUCCCGGCCAAGGGCGGCGUCGGCACGCUGCACGCGCCCAACCCGACCAACAGGUACUUCCGCCACGUCGUGCACUGCAAUGGGUGCAGGGCGAGCGUCAAGAAGUACACCUCGUUGAAGAACGCCUUCGCCGCCGUCGCUGCGGCGGCCCUGGCCGCGGCCAUCUUGGCAGCGACCAGGCAGUGGAAGGCCGUCUUGCUGGCGGCGUCGGCCGUGCUCGCCGCGGCGUCGUACGCGUGUGGCGCGGUGGUUUCUUUGAUCACAACCAAUUUCAUUAGGACACACAGAAGGCUGUGAGUUGGUGGUGGAUGUUGAUACUGUUUUUGGGUAGAAUGGCGGAGAGGGUCUUUUGCCCAUGUAUAUUUGUAUCUAAACGAGUGUGUUGCCAUUAUAGGUUGCAAAUGUCAGCAGCAGUUCAUAAGAUGAUUAGAGCUUUUACUCCUA